AUGAAGAUUGGCGGCGUUAUCAAGCGCAUGGACGAACUCCUCAUGGGUGACCCCGGUGUGGCCAAGAGGCAGCUCCUCCAGCACAUUGUGACCGUGAGCCCGAGAGACAUCUACACGAUGGGCAAGGCCCAUCGUGAGCUGACGCUUGAAGGUGGCGCGCUUGUGCUGGCCGAUAUGGGCGUUUGCAGCAUCGACGAGUUUGACGAGAUCACACCCUGCCCCAAGAAACCCCAAGGCUCGGGGCAGGUACGUUAA